AUGCGAUACAAGAAAUUGUUGCUGAAUGUCCUGAGGCAGAUGUCCAUUUCCUGCCUUUGGAUCUCGCAGAUCUGGCUAGCGUGGUUAAAGCAGCACAGAUUUUCAGGGAGUACAAUCCCCUCUUCGAUUCACAGCGUUGAAGCCGUAGUGGUGCUGACUUGGGAUACAAGACGAGAGUCGGCUCUUCAUUUGCUUAUAAACAAUGCCGGUGUGAUGUGCGUUCCAUACGAAGAGACCAAAGAUGGGUUUGAGAUGCAGCUUGCGGUCAACUACGUAGGUCACUUUCUGUUGACACGACUUAUGCUGCCGAUUCUCGUCACUACAUCCAAAUCAGCACACGAAGGUGAGGUGCGAAUCGUGAACGUAUCGAGUGACGGGCAUGGAAAGCUUGCACCAAAGGAGGGAAUCGUCUUCUCUGACCCGAACUUGAAGCGGUACUCUGUUUGGACUCGCUAUGGACAUUCCAAGCUUGCCAAUGUGCUGCAUGCCAACGAGCUAGCCAAAAGAUAUGGAGAAAUCAUGUCGAUAUCUCUCCAUCCAGGAACAGUCAAGACAAACCUCUCAAAAGGCCCGCUUUUAUCCACCCCAUUAUAUCGCCUCAUCAAACCGAUUGUGGAAUUGGGCGCUCCUGGUCCACGAAAGGGAGCAACAAACAUUCUCUUCGCAGCUGUCUCAACGUCACUUGACAUCAAAUCUCAUAAUGGAGCAUAUUUGCUGCCAGGAGGGAAGGUUUCCGAGCCGAGCAACACUGCAAAGGACCCGCGAAUGGCUUUCAACCUCUGGGAAUGGACUGAAAAAGAGCUAAAGGCUCGAGGGAUUGUUUUCAAUAAGUGA